GCACACAGCAACUUUGGGGCCUGGGUGAAGAGCACUUCGUUCCAUCCUGCCUUGCCAUGCCGGCCGCGAUUUGGGCUGAGGACUCCAUGUAUGAUGCGCUGUCUGAGGUCAACAAGCACAUUCCCAAGCUCUUGGAGCGAUUUCAGGUUGAGGAGGCGCUAUGCUUUGCCGUGCGAGACUGCAAGUUCAGCGUUUCCAUCGCUGACCCGCAGCUUCCGGACGUGCCACUGAUCGCAGUGUCGGAGGGCUUUGAGAACGUGACGGGCUAUGCCUUGGCUGACGUCCAGGGGCUCAACUGUCGCUUCUUGAACGAGGGCUGCGAAGUGAGUGAAGAGGACUUCCAGGCGUUGCGGAGGUGCAGCAAGACCGGUGAGCGCUUUGUCGGCCUCUUGCAGAACAGGAGGAGCACAGGGGAGACGUUUAUGAACCUUCUCGACUUGCAAGGUCUCAUCGUGGCACGAGACCACUCCAGGGGAGGGGCCGAUGUGAUGUUUCUGGUCGGCAUUCAGGCCGAUGUCACGUCUGCGUGCGAUGCACACCACACGGUACCAGAAGAUCAUAGGCAGGCGCUGGAGGUCGUUGCAGCUCGAAUGCAGCAGGAGCUUGCUCGGCAGCUUCAGAAGCUGGCGCUGUCAGCAGCAGGUGAAUACGGAGGACAAGACCCACGCUGGGAAAUUUUACCACAGCCGAUCUGGGCCAAGGAUGCGGAGCCAAGGGCCAAUCUGGAGAUGAGUGCAGUUCCCAAAGAACAGGCGGAGGCAUGCAACCGCUGCAACCAGCCAGCUAUGAGCUUGGAACCAUUUCCCGGAAAGGAACUCAGCUCUUUGUUGGUGGCGUCUGUGUGUGCUGCAGCGCUUGCUUAUGCAAUUUUCAGGUGGCAAACGAUCCGGAUGCGUUGAGUGAGGACCCCGUGGCCUUCCAGACAAUCUGAAGGCACUGUCAAAUUGACAAGCCAAGCUAGUCUUGGUGUUUGCCGAAGCAGGGCAUGUUUUUUGUAGCGUGGCCAACGCAGUGAGUGACAGAGGGUCUUUGUUGCUUUGCGGCUCAGCGCAAGCCACAUUGCCUAAAUGCAAAUGAACGGCCUGGAUGGGGAGG